AUGAAAUUAGAACAUCCUAUAAAAAAUAAUGACAUAAAUAACUUAUCAUCCAAACGCAACACAUUCUCCAAAGAACUUCAUCAGAUAGAAAAACAAAUGUAUGCUUCUAUAUUAAAAUAUAACAUUAUGGCAGGAAUUACUCGUAAUUUAAAUUUUAAUACAAACGAAAAUAUUGAUGAAACAUUUGCUUCUCAUAAAAGUCAAGAUCCAGAAGUAGAAAAAUUUGAUCGUACAAUUGGCCUUAUAGAAGAUAUGAUAAUGGAUGAAGAAUUUCGCUCAAUUCAAAAAAGAUUUUUAAUGAAAUAUGCUCACGAAUUUGAUCCGGAAUUAGAUGAAAACAAAUUAAUCUAUACUGACAUUCAUAAAGAAUAUUUGAUUAUAUUUGAAAAUUUUAUUACAAAUAAAAUCAAGCAUUCACAAUCUGAUUUUAAUCUUGAUCAAUUUAUGAAACAGUUAGAAGCUCAUCAGAAUGAAGUUGAAGAAGAAAUCUUUGAAUUUUUACUAACAUUGACGAAUUUUCUUACAUUCAAACAAUGGAUGCUUGAUUAUCGGCGAUCGCCAGCAUUAGAUAUCAAUUCAUGUGUUUAA